AUCUGCAUCAGAUCUUUGGUCAAAUCUUGGCACAUCUGCAAUGCAGAUCUGCUUCAAAUCUGCAGAAUCCCUUUGCAGAAUCUGCAAAGAUUUUUCCAGAUUUAUGUUGCAGAAAAAUCACCUGGGCUGACUACUAGUAUGAAUAUUUGCAUAAAUGCAUUGUUUCAAGGCUUGGCAUAAUGCAUUUCGUAAUAUGCACUAUAAUAUGGGUGUAGCAUAUACCUAGAUUCUACAUCUUAUUGGUACUGCAUGACAUAGUAUCACGUUGACUCAAAUUUUGGGCGUUUACUUAAAACUGGAAGGAUGGAAGACAUAAUUCAUCGAAAAGAAAUUUUUCAACCAAUCCUAAGUCUAGCCUACAAUCCAUUUCAUCCUAGUCUUCCAGUUUUUAGUAAUGAUCAUAAAGGUUCAAACUUUAUAUUAUUGAUAAAUAUUGAUAUUCAAAAAAUUCAAGUGUUCUGUGGCGACUCGUCGUCUAUGCAGGAGAAACCAGUUUAUAUCAGUUCCUUACUUAGCCAAUAAACGUUUCAAGAUGGCUGACGCAUAGCAACUUUUGUUAAAUAUGUCAUAUUGAUUAAUUGUGUCAAGUAUAUACAAUAAGAAUGUCGAGUUUUUCCAAGUGCAUUUAUUUAAAAGCUAUAAUAUAGUGAUCAUUCAAUGUAUCAAUAACAAUUUUUUUUUUACUUGUUUUUUCUGAGACAUAGUUGUUUAUAUUUGACUAUUGUUUAUUUAUAUUGCACACAGUAUCUCUUGAUUUUCUUUCACUAGCAAUUAGACUAUCAUUGUUUCAUUUUGUGGGAAGCAAAUAUUCAUCAUACGAAUUUGUCCCAAACUUAUGUCGUUUCAUUAGUAUUCAUAGGUUCAUGAACUUAAAAUAAGUACGUAUCGACUAAAGCAAAUAUAGCUUAACCGCAUUGAUCUUUGGUAAUACUAAACUUGAAAUUACAUUAAGACAAACUUAAGUAAUAGCGAAGAAGAUUUUUGAUGAAAUGCUAAAGAUCACAUCGACAUUGAAAUGUUUCAUUCAGAAUAUUGAUGAAACGUAAAACGUUUCAUCAAUAUCACUUUUUACGUUUUUGUUCACGUUUUACUUGUUGAUGUGAGUAGAAUAUGUACAGAGAAGAUAAGACUAAAUACUAAUAAUAUUGAAUGACAGACUCUAUUCUCGAUAUUAAUGAACAAUUCUGCACUCUGACCAAUAUUCUACUUGUUUCUUAUGAUAUGGAAAGUUUGUUCGCUAACAGUUCAGUUUACUGUUUUGUUAUUAUCUGUAGUUUAAAAAUGAACAUUUACUCAUUGUUUUCUGUUCCCUUUAAACUGAAAUAUUAGUGUAUGAGAUAAGAAUUUAUGUUAUAACUUGUUAUUUGAUUUUUUGUUAUUGUUUUUUAUUUGAUAUUUGUCCUCUUCAAAUUGUAUAAUUGUUUUAGAUAACAAUGAGUAGCGAUCGUAAUACUCGUUCUCGAUCUCCAAGAUCUCGUCGUCGAUUUUUAGUAAAAUUAAGAGGAUUACCUUAUUCAGCAACGAAAAAUGAUGUUCACAAAUUUCUUAAACCUUGUCAUAUACUGGAUGGUGACGAUGGUAUUCAUAUGCUGAAAACUAAAAAUGGACGAUCAUCUGGAGAAUGUUUUGUUGAUUUAGAAUCGGAUGAAGAUGUUCGAAUUGCAUUACUAAAGUCCAAAAACCAUAUGGGAAAUAGAUAUAUCGAAAUAUUUCGUGCUAAAAAUGCUGAAUACAAUUUUUAUAUUAAGCAUAAUGGGAUAAUAUCAUGGCGAGAACCUGUUGUUCGUAUGCGUGGUUUACCUUAUCGAUGUUCAACACUGGAUAUUCAAGAACUCUUUGAUGGCAUUGAUAUAUCAAAAAAUGGUGUGUAUAUUGUACGUGAUUCUGAAGAACAAGCUACAGGAGAUGGUUUUGUCGCCUUCACAAAUAUGGAUAAUGCAUAUGAAGCGAUGGACAUAAAUCGAAAACAAAUUGGACACAGACUUGGGAAAGGGUGCGGGCGGACGGGGAUUAAAAUUAACACAAAAGGUGGAGAAGUUAACAUAUUGGGUGUUGAUCGAGGUAGUCUUAACGUGAUAUAUAUUGAAAUUUAUCCAAGUACAUACGAAGAAGCUCGACAACGAAUUGUUAAAGAUGCUGGCUCAAAUUCAUCAAGAUUUAAGGGGGCAAAACAUUUUCUAAGAAGAGAAAAUGAAAGAAGUGAAAGAAGAUCGAGAACAAGCUCAAGAGCAAGAAGCCAAGAUCGUCAAGGACGUCGAACUUCGUCACCACGAAUACGUAACAAUAAUCGUCGAAGUCCACCCCAUAAAAGUCGCAGUCGUAGUCCACUACAUAAAAGUCGUAGUCGUAGUCCAUUACAUAAAAGUCGUAGUCGUAGUCCAGAUCGUCGCCGUUCAUUGUCUCGUUCACCUCGAAAAUAUGCUGUUAAAAUGCGUGGUUUACCAUUUCGUGUCACUGAAAAUGAUAUUAGAAAAUUUUUUUCUUCAUUAUGUGAACCAUCAUCCAUUGAUAUAUUUCGUGAUCGUGAAACAAAUCGUCCAAAUGGUGAUGCGUUAGCUUAUUUUAACACAGAGAAUGAUGCACAAGAAGCAUUAAAAUUUGAUCAAAAAUAUAUUGGUAAUCGUUAUGUCGAAUUAUACUUGGAUUCAUCUCGUGCAUUCCGUGAUAACGGUUAUAGACGUAGUAGAUCACCACAAUCACUAAGGCGAAAUCGAAAUCAAAAUAGAUCACGAUCACGAUCACAUAGUCAUACAAGACGAUCAAGAAGAUAUCGAUCAAAAUCAAGUAGUAAAUAA